ACCUCCUUAGUUGAAAACCGCUCCCGCUGUCUUGUAUUUUCCCCCCAGUUCACGUCUGACCUCCGCAAGCACCCGGAGCUACUGAAUGCCUCGGACAAUGACAUCAUCAGGAGUCUGAUUGACAGCAACUUCACCAUGCCCAACUCCAGCACCCUCCUGCAGCAGCUGGACACCAUUGACAACGCGGCCUGCGGCUGGAUCCAGUUCAUGUCCAAGGUGAGCGUGGAUGUCUUCAAGGGCUUCCCCAAUGAGGACAGCAUCGUUAAUUACACCCUGAACCAGGCCUACCACGACAACGUGUCUGUCUUUGCCAGUGUGAUCUUCCACACUAAUCCGGACGGCUCCCUGCCCCCCCACGUCAUGUACAAGAUUCGUCAGAACUCGAGCUUCACAGAGAAAACCAACGAGAUCCGGCGCGCCUACUGGAGACCAGGCCCCAACACGGGUGGACGUUUCUACUUCCUGUACGGCUUCGUCUGGAUACAAGACAUGAUGGAGCGAGCCAUCAUCAACACCUUCGUGGGACAUGACGUGGUGGAGCCAGGGAACUACGUGCAGAUGUUCCCCUACCCUUGCUACACCAGAGAUGAUUUCCUUUUUGUGAUCGAGCACAUGAUGCCCCUGUGCAUGAUGAUCUCCUGGGUCUACUCCGUGGCCAUGAUGAUCCAGCACAUUGUGGCUGAGAAGGAGCACCGCCUGAAAGAGGUGAUGAAGAUGAUGGGGUUGAAUAAUGCUGUGCACUGGGUGGCCUGGUUCAUCACUGGCUUCGUCCAGCUCUCCAUCUCCGUCACUGCGCUCACUGCCAUCCUCAAAUACGGCAAGGUGCUGAUGCACAGCGACCCCUUUAUCAUCUGGCUCUUCCUCAGCAUCUAUGCCGUGGCUACCAUCAUGUUCUGUUUCCUGGUCUCAGUUCUCUACUCGAAGGCCAAGCUGGCGUCUGCGUGCGGCGGGAUCAUCUAUUUCCUGAGCUACGUGCCGUACAUGUACGUGGCGAUCCGGGAGGAGGUGGCCCACGACAAGAUCACUGCCUUCGAGAAGUGCAUCGCGUCCCUCAUGUCCACGACCGCCUUCGGCCUGGGCUCCAAGUACUUUGCACUGUACGAGGUGGCCGGGGUUGGCAUCCAGUGGCACACCAUCCACCAGUCUCCAGUGGAGGGCGAUGACUUCAACCUGCUGCUGUCCAUGAUGAUGCUGAUCAUCGACGCCACUGUGUACGGAGUGCUCACCUGGUACAUCGAGGCCGUGCACCCAGGCAUGUACGGCCUGCCGCGGCCCUGGUACUUCCCCCUGCAGAAGUCCUACUGGCUGGGCAGCGGGCGUGUGGAGACCUGGGAGUGGGUGUGGCCAUGGUCUCGUGGCACUAGGUUAAGCGUGAUGGAGGAGGACCAGGCCUGCGCCAUGGAGCACCGGCGCACAGAGGAGACCCGAGGGGUUGAGGAGGAACCCAGUCACCUGCCCCUGGUCGUGUGCAUCGACAAGCUGACCAAAGUGUACAAGACAGGCAAGAAGCUGGCGCUCAACAAGCUGAGCCUGAACCUGCAUGAGAACCAGGUGGUGUCCUUCCUGGGGCACAAUGGGGCAGGCAAGACCACCACCAUGUCCAUCCUGACCGGACUGUUCCCUCCCACCUCCGGCUCGGCCACUAUCUACGGGCACGACAUCCGCACUGAGAUGGAUAAGAUCCGCAAGAACCUGGGCAUGUGUCCACAGCACAACGUGCUCUUCGACAGGCUGAGCGUGGAGGAGCACCUCUGGUUCUACUCACAGCUCAAGGGCAUGGCAGAGGAGGAGAUCCGCAAGGAAAUGAACAAGAUGAUUGAGGACCUGGAGCUCUCUAACAAGCGGCACUCCCUGGUGCAGACGCUGUCAGGGGGGAUGAAGAGGAAGCUCUCUGUGGCCAUCGCCUUUGUGGGCGGCUCCCGCGCCGUCAUCCUGGAUGAGCCCACAGCCGGGGUCGACCCCUAUGCACGGCGAGCUAUCUGGGACCUUAUCCUCAAAUACAAGCAGGGGCGCACCAUCCUACUCUCCACUCACCACAUGGAUGAGGCGGACUUGCUGGGUGACCGCAUCGCCAUCAUCUCUCACGGGAAGCUCAAGUGCUGCGGCUCCCCUCUCUUCCUCAAGAGCACCUACGGAGACGGCUACAAGCUGACCGUAGUCAAGAAGCAGAGCGACUCCAGCAACCCAGGCCAGUCUCUCUGCACCCUGCCCCCCUCUUCCUCCUCCUCUCUCAGCCCCUGCUCGGAGGUCCGGGUCACCCAGUUCAUUAAGAAGUACGUGGCAUCAUGUCUGCUCGUCUCUGACUCCAACAGUGAGCUGUCUUAUGUGCUGCCCUCUGAGGCUGUCAAGAAGGGCUGCUUCGAGAGGCUCUUCCAGGCCCUGGAGCAGAACCUGAACAGCCUGGCCCUCACCAGCUUCGGGCUGAGGGACACCACGCUGGAGGAGGUCUUCCUCAAAGUGUCGGAGGAGGACCAGUCCCUGGAGAACAGCGACGCCGACCUGAAGGAGUCUCCACGCGAAGGGAAGGCUGCCAUGCAGUGUGCGGGUCCGCCAGCAGAGGGCGCUGAGAAGCCGGAGGUGGAGCUCAGUAACCUGGUAAAGUGCUCACAGCUCAGUGACUCCAAGGGCUCGCUGCGCUCCGCCUCCUCCUCAGCCGGGUCUGUGCGCGGGGACGAGGGCGGGCUCUACUCCGAGUUCUACGGGGAUUACUGUCCGCUCUUCGACGCCAACGAUGACCCAGACAACGUCAGCUUGCAAGCGGAGCCUGAGUCGGACCCAGAGGUGCCAGUGCUGGAGGGCCAGGGCAGUUUCAAGCUAGAGGGUUCCUGGUUGAAGCUGCGUCAGUUCCACGGGCUCAUCAUCAAGCGCUUCCACUGCGCCAAGCGCAACACCAAGGGGCUGUUCUCCCAGAUCCUGCUGCCGGCCUUUUUCGUGUGCGUCGCCAUGACUGUGGCGCUGUCCGUGCCAGAGAUAGGUGACCUGCCCCCUCUGAUCCUGUCUCCCUCACAGUACCACAACUACACCCAGCCCAAAGGCAACUUCAUCCCCUACGCCAAUGAGGACCGUGUCGAGUACAGGAGUAGGCUGUCCCAUGAUGCCAGCCCGCAGCAGAUUGCCAAUACACUGCGCCUGCCCUCGGGGGUGGGAAGCACCUGUGUCCUCAAGACCCCCUUCAACAGCACGCUGGACCAGCUGGCACAGACCCUCAACCUCAACUCCAACGAGUCCAAGAUGCUGGCGGCCCAGUACUUCGACUCCAUGUGCCUGGACUCCUUCACCCAGGGCGUGCCCCUGUCCAACUUCGUCCCCCUUCCACCAUCCCCUGCGCCCUCUGACUACCCAGAGUCCAGCUUCGACGAGGGGCUGCAGGCAUGGAACCUCACCACCACCCCCACCACAGUCAAGGAAGCGGUGACCUCCACCCCACCCCUGCCUCACAUUAUCCACGAGCCUGUACGAUGCACCUGCUCAUUGCAGGGCACCGGCUUCUCCUGCCCUAGCGGGGUUGGGGGACACCCCCCCCAGAUGAAGGUGGUGACUGGGGACAUCCUAGUGGACAUCGCAGGGCGCAACUUCUCAGAGUACCUGCUCUACACCUCUGACCGCCUGCGUCUGCACAGGUACGGUGCACUGACCUUCGGCAACAUCCAGAAAUCCAUCCCAGCUUCGUUUGGGGUCCAGACUCCAAUGGUGCGGAAGAUCGCAGUCCGGAGAUCUGCGCAGGUGUUCUAUAACAACAAAGGGUAUCACAGCAUGCCCACCUACCUGAACGCUCUGAACAAUGCCAUCCUGCGAGCCAACCUGCCCAAGAGCAAGGGGAACCCGGCCGCCUACGGCAUCACUGUGACCAACCACCCUAUGAACCGGACCAGCGCCAGCCUGUCCCUCGACUACCUGCUGCAGGGCACAGACGUGGUCAUCGCUAUCUUCAUCAUCGUGGCCAUGUCCUUCGUCCCGGCCAGCUUCGUGGUCUUCCUGGUGGCAGAGAAGUCGACCAAAGCCAAGCACCUGCAGUUCGUGAGCGGCUGUGACCCGGUCACCUACUGGCUGGCCAACUACGUGUGGGACAUGCUGAACUACCUGGUCCCAGCCACCUGCUGUGUGCUGAUCCUCUUUGUGUUCGACCUGCCCGCCUACACUUCCCCCACCAACUUCCCAGCGGUCCUCUCGCUGUUCCUGCUCUACGGGUGGUCAAUCACACCCAUCAUGUACCCCGCCUCGUUCUGGUUCGAGGUACCCAGCACAGCCUACGUCUUCCUCAUCGUUAUCAACCUCUUCAUCGGCAUCACCGCCACCGUCGCAACCUUCCUGCUGCAGCUCUUUGAGCACGACAAGGAUCUGAAGCUUGUGAACAGUUAUCUCAAGUCGUGUUUCCUGAUCUUCCCCAACUACAACCUGGGUCACGGGCUGAUGGAAAUGGCUUACAACGAGUACAUCAACGAAUACUAUGCCAAGAUCGGCCAGUUUGACAAGAUGAAGUCUCCCUUCGAGUGGGACAUCGUGACACGGGGUCUGGUCGCCAUGACGAUCGAGGGCUUUGUCGGAUUCUUCAUCACCAUCAUGUGCCAGUAUAACUUCCUGAGGAAGCCACAGAGGCUCCCGGUGUCUAGCAAGCCAAUCGAUGAUGAUGAUGUGGACGUGGCAUGUGAGAGGCGGAGAGUGCUGCGGGGUGAUGCUGACAACGACAUGCUGAAGAUCGAGAACCUCACCAAGGUAUACAAGUCCCGAAAGAUGGGGCGCAUCCUGGCUGUGGACCGGCUGUGUGUGGGGGUGCGGCCGGGGGAGUGCUUUGGUCUGUUGGGGGUCAACGGGGCUGGCAAGACCACCACUUUCAAGAUGCUGACCGGCGACGAGAGCACCACAGGGGGAGAAGCCUUCAUCAGCGGGAGGAGUAUCCUGCGCGACUUGUUGAAAGUGCAGCAGAGUCUGGGGUACUGCCCUCAGUUCGACGCCCUGUUUGAGGACCUGACUGCCCGGGAGCACCUCGAGCUCUACACCCGUCUGCGUGGCGUGCCCUGGAAGGAUGAGGAGAGGGUGGUGAAAUGGGCUCUGGCCAAGCUAGAGCUGACGAAGUACGCAGACAAACCGGUCGGGACAUACAGCGGGGGCAACAAGAGAAAGCUGUCGACCGCCAUCGCCCUCAUCGGAUACCCCUCCCUCAUCUACCUGGACGAACCGACCACAGGCAUGGACCCCAAAGCCCGGCGCUUCCUGUGGAAUCUGAUCCUUGACAUCAUCAAAACGGGACGCUCUGUAGUGUUGACAUCACACAGCAUGGAGGAGUGUGAGGCUCUCUGCACCAGGCUGGCUAUCAUGGUCAAUGGACACUUCAAAUGCCUGGGAAGCAUUCAGCACCUGAAAAACAGGUUUGGGGAUGGCUACAUGAUCACGGUGCGCACCAAGUCCAGCCUCAACGUCAAGGAGGUGGUGCGAUUCUUCAACAGGAACUUCCCGGAGGCCAUUCUCAAGGAACGCCACCACACCAAGGUGCAGUACCAGCUCAAGUUCGACCACAUCUCCCUGGCACAGGUGUUCAGUAAGAUGGAGCAGGUGGUGGAGGUGCUGGGCAUUGAGGAUUACUCUGUGAGCCAGACCACCCUGGACAACGUGUUUGUGAACUUUGCAAAGAAGCAGAGUGAUAACCUGGAGCAGCAGGAGAGCGCCCCCCUUGGAGGGAACGGCCAGUCUCCCCUGAAGCGAGUCCUGAAUCUGCUGCGACCGCGAGCCACCAACACGGAGCUGCGGGCACUGGUGGUGGAGCCGGAGCCAGAGGAGCUGGAGAGUGACGAUGAAGGGCUCAUCAGCUUUGAGGAGGAGAGGGCUCAGCUGUCAUUCAACACAGACACUCUGUGCUGAGAGCAACAUAAGGGGCCGGGAUAGCCAUCUUCUGUUUCCUGGAAUGAAGUAAAGAGGAGGACACAGUCUUGCAGCUAGCUGGUCCCAGAGGGAGGAUGUCGUGCUGGAUUUAGAGGAGGAGGACAGGCAGAGAAGCUGCUGGCACUUUAAAGUCUUUUAAAACAUUAAAAAAAAAAACAUUUAAAACCUUCUUUUAAAGCACUCCCUUCAACUGAAACGAGCAACUUGACACACUGGAAUGCUGCUUUAUACUGUGAAUGUUUGGGGUUUCUUUUGAUUGUGUUUCAUUGUUACUGCCAGACCUGUAUUUCAGACUCGUUUGCUGUCGGUUGCAGAAGGAAAAGAUCCCUGUUGCUGCUGUGGAUUGAUUUUCUUAAGUGCAGAGGGAGUCAUGUGUUGUAAAUAUGUGCUGUAUAUACCUUUCUCUACAGCUCAGCUCAGCUCAGACUGCUGGGCUGAUCCAGUCUUGUUUGGGUCUGGGAGCUGUGCAGUGGUGGUGUCUGCCUUUGUAUGCAGAGAGGUUCUGUCUUCACGUUCCGGGUUUACUGCAGAAUCCCAGUUCAGAUCCGUCUUGCACUGUUUCCUGUUAAUACUAAAAAACACACUUUUCCUCCCUGCGCUAAAAUCGAGCUUGAAAAUGAACCUGUUGUUUUGCUUAGUUUUCUAUAUCCUGACAGCCGCGUGCGCAAGCUGUAAUUUAGCGAGGUAAUCAACCCUGUCAUUAUAUCAUUUAGAGGCUGGAUUAACACCGGGCACUAAGCACCAGCCUCUCAGUCCCCCCAAAUGUUCUCAAAGACAAGGCAGCAGAGGCCCUGUUUAAAAAUAAAUUAAUCCGAGUUAAUUGAGCAGACUGAACUGACUAAAUCCUUACGUCCACUGAAAUAACAUUGCUCGUGACUGGGGCUGAUGGCUGUCGAACGAUCAGAUCUGUUUGGACUCAGACUGGGAAUGAUCCAAUUCUGAAUGGUUCUUACUGCCAAUCUGCUGAGAGACAGCGAGGUGAUAUAAUAGAAAGGAGGUAUUUGUUUUUCUGACAUAACCCUAACGUUAUGCCUAAUAAUAAAGCCGUUCAGCCUGUGUAGUUAUUUUCUAGUAAAUAUAACCAGUGUCUGUGCUGUUUUUUACCAUGCGUGGCUUGCACUCCGCUCCUGUUGACUGGCUAUCCACAGGAGAGAGGCUGUUAAAAGGAGCAUGUCUGGAAUGUCUAUGGUACUUAUUCCAUUUUGAACUUGUUGUAAAUGUACAUCUACGAAAGGAAACAUAAAAUUCAAAAGUAGAAAAAGAUCAUUAUUUUGCAAGUAAUGGAUUUCUAUUUUCAUUGUAAAUGUAUAAAUUUGUAAAAACUAUUUUGUUGUAAACGAUUGACCCGCAGCCUAUUUUAUCACGUGCCCCCCGUCCCGUCCCGUCCUGACCUUUUCACUUUUCACCUUUUGUCCUCCAAGUGCUCAUUUUAAUGGACCGGUCAACCCUCCAGAUUAUAACCCCAGCAUUCACCCAGUUGUUUACUGGCCCAUCUCCUCCUGUGAAUUGGAAUUGUAUCUGCUCAUGAUAAUACAAAUAUCCAGACGGGGUCGCGUUUUUAAGAUAUUAACUUCUUCUUCAGAUCAUAUUCAAAUAAAACAACAAAACUAAGAA